AUGGAGCAUCUCACCGAGGAUAUGAUCUGGGAGCCUAAGGAAUACGUUCCCCUGAUGUCUAUCUAUCCUUUUGGCCAGAUUGUUCAAGCCGGAAUAAACAAUGCCGCAGCGCUUGAUCCCCGAUAUACGGUAACUCCGAUCAUUGGCAUCGCGCUUCUGUGGUACCAUUACAACUGGUACUGGAACCUCCGUGCAAAGUGGACAAUUCCAGUAGGAGUUAUCUUCUCUUUCUGCUCCGCCCAGAUCAUGUUAGUUGUCUGCGGCUUCCCUUUUUUUAUGGACAUGCUUAUCUCUGCGGUCAUUAUCCUUCUUGCUUGCGGGCUUCUCGCCUGCCUUGUCGUGGUGGUCCUCGUCAUUGUGGGUUUGUUGUGGUGUCUUAUGAAGGGGGGUUCUUUUUUCGGUCACAUCUGGAGCGCCUCUUUGAUGAUGGCCGGCACUGCAGUCGGUUGCGCCGCAUCUGCAGCUGAUAGCUUCGCUGACAACCUUGACCAGUGGCAUGUUUAUGUACUGGCCAAGGUGAUCGAGGUAGUCCAUUCUGUGCGGCUCUAUCUGAAUUCAACGCCCCAUUCACCAACAGGCCGCCUCAGAGAGGGCCCCAGAGACGACCCUAGGGACAACCCUAGACGUCGCCCUAGGUAUCGCUACGAAGAUGAAUCCGAGGAUGAACCCGAGGAUAGCCAGGAUGAAUCCGAGGAUGACCGGGUUCGUGACCCAGGCUAUAACCCAAGGAAUGACCCAGAUUACAAGCCGGACCAUCGGCCAAUCGAGCAGACAGACCCUUAUCCUAGGAGAAGCCCUCGAACCCAGCGGCCACGGGAACCUCAGGAGUUUCGUCACUAUAGCGUCUAA